AUGGCGGCUGCCAUCUCUAUCAAGCAACAAGCCUCCUCCUCAUCUUUUCACUCGCAGCCAGCCGCAUCGCCAUCCUCUCCGCAGCAGCCUCCCGGGGCCCCUUUAAACCGUGGACGCUCCGGGUCCAGCGUCUCGGCUCCCUCCCCCUCCCUUGCGAACAAGAAUGUCAGUCUGACCUCUGAGAAGAAUGGCCCUGGAAGUGCGACGUGUGAUGCCUGCUAUAGGAGGAAAAGCCGUUGUGCAAUGAAUGAAUCCAUCAACAAGUGCUAUUCGUGCGACUUCCACCGGCAGGACUGCACCUUUACUUUGAGCAGCCAAUUGGGGAAAAGAAAGCUUGAGGAAAGUAGCUUGGAGAAUGAGUCUAUAAAAAGACACGCGGCAGAUAACUCCGUCUCCACGCCGGGAGAGAAAUCAGAAAGACAGACGCAUAGCUCUAGCCACACAGAAUACCACGAAACUCCAUCCUUGACCAGUCAAUAUAUCGGGAUGACGACCGAAUUGGAACCUCUCCUGUUGGAUUACCUCCCCCUGGACCAGAACUACGAAGGAAAAUUAGCAGGUUUGCGAAUACGCAAAUUCUCAGACAGUGGCACAUAUAUGCGGAUGAUCGAUGCCUCUUGUGGCGGCCCAGAAUUGCAAUCAAUCUCGGUAGAGGCAAUCGAAAACCUGGUUACUCCCUUUGGGCCCUCUUUGAUCGAGAAAUUCUUUCAGAACCUUCAUCCUACCUUUCCAGUCUUGCUAGAAGAUAAGUUUCGGUCUCUUUAUCAGACACGGAAUGUACCUCCAGUACUCCUCGCUUCGAUAUACCUUGUCUCUUUGAAAUGGCUGGACCCAGGGCCUGGAAUUCAAACUCUACGGAAACCGGACGCUGCCAGAUUGGAAUCGACAGCUCUCAAGCUUUUGAAUGAUUCAUUUGCUCGCCCUCACAUGUCUACCAUCCAAGCAGGACUGCUCCUUUCUCAAAAAUCAACCCUCUUCUCUCCACGAUUGAUGUCACAAUUGGUGACGGCGGCAUUUGAUUUGGGGAUGCACCAGGAUUGUUCUACGUGGAAGAUUGAAAACUGGGAAAAAGGUCUCAGGAAACGGCUUGCCUGGGCGUUAUACGUGCAGGAUAAAUGGUGCGCCUUGACACACGGACAGCCGUCGCACAUAUUCGCCCAAAAUUGGACUGUUCAAGAACUGUCCCCGGAUGACUUUGAAGGCUGCUACUCAAAAGGCCCAACUGCACAUGAACCACCAGCGCACGGAGCUGGUCCACUCCUCUUCUCUCGGCUUAUUGUUCUCACAACCAUCCUCUCCGACAUUCUUGAUACAUUCUAUACCCUCCGAGCCACCCAAGAUUUCUCCCACGCUGGCGAUCAAUCUACGCGCAUCAUCCUCGAGCGCGCCAAACCCAUCCAAAUCCGUCUCAAAAACUGGUUCGCCCACCUUCCGCCCGAGCUUAAGAUGGACUCCUCCCUCAAUCCCGUUGACACCGUCUGCACUACCGGCACCAGCAUCGCCGCCAACGGCGGCCUGCACCUAGCUUACUUCGCCACCGAAAUCACCCUCCAUCGCUGCAUCAUCCGCUCCAUAAACCCCGCCAGCACUGACGACUAUCUCACGCACAUCUGCCGCUCCGCCGCAAAAACGCGGCUCAUAUCCGCCAUGGACUUCGUCAAUCGACUGCGUCCGAACCACCUACGCGCCUUCUGGCCAGCCGCUGCGCGAACUAAUUUCGCGCUCAUCGUCGCUUUUGGGAUGCUACUCCGUAUCACGGCGCAGACGAGUGAGGAGGAAGAGUUUUACCGAUAUCGACUGGGCGAAUACAGAUGGACGCUGGAAGUCAGCAGACGGCAUGCAGCGUUUUUGGGAUGGGUCGUGGAGUGUCUGGAUGUAAUGGGCAGUGUUGUACGGGGUGUGGGACUGAAAAAGCCGCCGUUGGACGAGUACAUGGCCAAGUCGAUCGCGCCCGCGAUACAGCGGACGAGUGCGGUGCGCUGGGUGGGCUUAAGAGAGCCCGAUGCGGGUGACGACGAAGGGUGCUCAUUGAGUGGGAAUAGCUCCGUGACGCGCAGGGGGUAUAACCAGUCCCUAGUGUCGUUGUCAUCGUCGACUUCGCCGGCGAUGGUGUCCCAGUUGGCUUCGCCGGCCACGUCUGUGUCGGGUGGGAGUCGACGGGGGAGUAGGAGUGGAGGGGGGCAUGGGGGAGAGCGGAGUGUGAUGAAUGUGGCGGAUUUGACAUGA